AUAUAUACAGAGGAUAUUAUUUUUUAUGUUCAAUAACAAGUUGUUGUAUAUGAGGAAAAUGGAGAGUAACCAAGGCAACCAAACGUCGUCAUAUCAUAAUCUACCUGAACUAAGACAUAGCAUUACUGGCGAUAGAAACGACAACGAAGAAGCUUCACAAUUAAAAAAUGAAUAUGCUGAUUAUUUAGACGAGGUGGAAUGUAGCAUUACCCGAUUGAUCCCUUCACUCUCAAACAUGUGCCUGAAAAUUGUAGACACUCCCCGGGGAAGAUCUGACCGGAUCCUCAGCAAAAUUCCCGGUCUUUGUCAUUUAGUGGCGUCGUUUCGUCAUCAAAGAUGGCUGCGGGACGUACGGUUUAACUGGUUAGUCAAAGCUCUCACGGAGGCAGAACGGUCGGUCAGUAACCAUAUCAAGACGACCUUUGACCCGCUUGGAAAUAGACUGCAACUGUUCCGUCGAGACACUAGACACAUAGAGGGUGAGAUGGGAACCAGAUACGAUCCUAGUAUUCUCCACCUACCAGGAAUGCUCCCCUUACCGGAAACAGUCGAUGGUUGUGAUGCGAGCGAUUGGUGUAUAGCUGUCCUAGCGCACCUCAUCAACAUGCUACUACCGACGACUGUUUUAGAUUCAGGAUUACGGAGUAGUGAUGGCCAGGAGGUUAUGAAGCUCUACGUUCGUAGAGUAAAUGCAUGUCUUGUCCAAUGGGCGCCCGUGUUGGUGAAACAAUGCUUCGAUAUUGCAAUGGUGUAUGUGUGGUGGUGCCGUGGUUAUAUCAGCAAAGCAGUUGGUGCUACCCUUUGCAUCACUGCACUUAUCCCAAAUGAGGAUUUGGAUUUGGAUCUUGAUGGAAAGUUUGAGCCGUCAUUUGGAAGCUUGCAAAAAGGGAUUUACUUCAAUGAGUUGGGGAGGAUGAUGGCCCAAGCAGACCAACCAGAAAUUGCGUGUCGGUUCUACUGUAAUGCAGUUGAAUGUAUCACCGAUGAUUCGUUCGAUCUUCAUUCUCGGAUACUCUGUGCUUCGGCUGCCGACCAAGGACAGAUGGACCAGCGGCACGCAGAGCGGGCCAUAGCUGAUUGGGACACCGUGUUACGUGAGCCUCACGUCCCAUCAAAGAUCGGCCACGCCGCGCUGGUGUCCAUGUUGCAUUGUCAUACGGGUGUGUGUGUCAACCUGCCAGAAAAACCACGUGCUGAUGAUAAGAACAAGGAGUGGUUACUCCAGAUGGAGUUACGAAUAAGCAGUCUUGCUCUGAAGAAUCGAAAUUGUUAUUUUCAUUUGUCUCUGAUUCGAGCUCUCCUUGGGGUCGAAGAAGGGGCGAUUCUUGCAUACGACAAAUUCAGUAGAUAUUACCAGAGAAACGAGGUACCUGGUACGAUUGCAUGUUUCGAACAAAACAAGAACACGGUCAAUCCGUGGAGGACAUUUUCAAAAUGGCUGACCGACCGAAUUGUAGAAACGGGAGAUAAAAGUCAGGCCAUUGGUUGUAUGCCGUUGUUAUGGAGACGGGUUCUGUGUUACCCGGAGUGCCUUCAAGAUCAGAAAAGCUCCAGUCGUAUGUUUGAUGUUUGUGGAGCUACGCCAAAACUCAAAAUAACAACUGAUGGUUUUCUGACUGGAACCUUCGUGGGGAACCUUCCACCGAUAACAUCUCUUCUUCUCGACCCUUACACUGGAGCUGUUUGCUUUCCUGAUCAGGAUCGACCCAUUGAGGUGCAGGAGUGGGAUAACCUCUACCAGAAGGAUGAAGGCCAUCAACCAGCUUUACCAGCAGUCGAUCCCGAACUGCCAUUUGUUUUAAACAGCCAAGGUAGACCAAAUAACUCCCACUCAUGUGGAUUCCGUGCUGAUACAUUUAUCCCAACUCCAGUCCACCUGUUCACAAAUAAAACAACAGGUGCAACUUGCAGCCUGCUCGUCUCAAAUGAAAUUGUUAAUUACAACAUCUUUGGGUAUCAUCAAGACGACUACAACCUCUAUCAGAGAUCACCUGGAAUAGUGCACCACAACGCUUUGUUGUUAUACAGACAAGGAUCCAUAUAUCUAAAGGUAGACCUGCGAUCUGUGGUUCUACAGGCAGGACGAGAUGCCAUCUUGAAGUGUCUUGAAGAAAACAACCAGUUCAGAAAUCGCCCACAGACAGAAAGAGAGGUAAGACUCAUCCUCGACGUCUGCGUAGAUCGUGGUCACCAGAUUGGGCCAGGUUUACUCCGAGAAUUCAUCAACACAAAACAAGGACGCCUCUCUAGAUUAUACAGUCAUGCACUUGAAGAUUGGAACGAGAAGUUGAUUCAUCAAUGUCUGCCCCCUCCUCAGGUCGUUCGAGUGUCCAAUAUUGUAUUUGUUGGGGAAAGCACUGUGGUUCUAAGCUGUCUGUGUGCAUUAGAGCCCUACAAAUCACAACGAGACAAUGUAUUAGUAUUUGUUAACUGUAUUGACGAUAAAACUUUCCAGGCUCCAGUUGUACAUUUUGCUGGAUUGUUUGAUGUCUCGGCUUCUGGUAACCUAGACGAUUCUCAAGUGUCAUUUUGGGAGAUUCCUAAGCAGACAGACUCUUGGAAAUCUCCUGGUAGCAAGGUCUUCUUUGCAUAUGCUCAGACACUAUCAGCAAGUAGCAUUGAAACCAAGAACGUCCUGGUAGUCUUUGAUGCACAUGGUGUUGUUCUAAUGCGACAAAGAGAUACAACCGGAGUGUUUCAUGGCUGCAUGAGCUUCACAACUUCUUAUGGGUGGCAUAUAUUGGGUUGUGACAAGCUUAAGACUAAUCUGGUCUCUUUGAACGUCCGGGAGGAGACUUGUGAGAGGUACUGCUGCCCUAAGAUCGAAAGCUUUCAGGUGGCGGGUGGUGUGGCCUUUGUUGCUAACCCUUCGGGUGUUGUAGUCUUAGACGCUGGUAGUUUAACACCUUUGAGUGUCAUUCGAGCCCUGGGCCCAAUCAAGGACAGAGAGAUGGGCCGAAGAAGUCACGACGGUCUCUUAGUUGAACGAGAAUUCCGUUUCUUGCGGGUACUUGCUCUAACUACACAGCGAGAAGGUUCUUCAACAGAAUUCUGUUCAGAGUCAAAGAGCAACAGCUCAACAACAUGUUCUCUAAGGAUCUUUCUGGGUCUUGCUAAUCGUGUUCUAAUCCUAAAGACAACUCCUCAAAGUGUCAAGACGUCGUCCUCUUGUAGUACAUUGUCGGUUGAGAUCAUGGCUGACGUAGCUUUGCCUGGGAUCCCCACUGAGGUGUGCUACGUCAAUCAAUCUGUUGGCUUUGUUGUCACGGCAACCGUCUCUACGGAGCGCCAUGAUAUGGAGACAGAGAUACUGUACUGGUUUGAUGUGUCUGGCGGAUUACGUGGUGUUCAUCCGCUGUUGGGAAGUAGUCCGCACGGCAUGCUCGCCGUGAAGUUAAAUAAUAUAUCUUGGGACGCGGUGAGAUGUAACAACGAAUCUUCAAGUUGGCAUUUAUACCUUGACGAUGGCUAUGGAGGUAUUUGCUGCAUUCAGUUGUUAAAGCCUUGAUAAAAUGUUGCCUUAUUUUUGCAAAGAUGUGAUGUUCGGGGCUCAAUUUCAUAAAGCCUGUCAGCACAUAAAUUUGCUUAGCUUGAAAUUUCUUCC